AUGGCGCCUGAUAUCCUGACUUUGCCGGUCAGAGAACAUACCAUUGGCCAAACACCGUACCCUACGCCACUGAAACUAAGCGGGGCCUUGGAUAUUUUUACAUUCGAGGAUACGACGCCAGUCAUUGGUCGAGAGUUUCCAAACAUUAACAUCGUCAACGAUUUGUUAAACGCAUCCAAUUCAGACGACUUGGUGAGAGACCUCGCUAUCACUAUUUCUCAAAGAGGUGUCGUUUUCUUUCGUGCCCAGAACAAUCUCACCGAUGAUUUGCAAAAGGAGCUGGUAAAUCAGCUUGGUCAACUGGCUGGAAAACCUAGCACCUCAACACUUCAUAUUCACCCAGUACUCAACAAUACUAAUGAAUUUGGUGUGGCGGAUGCUGAGAUUAGUACUAUCAGCUCAGUCGCCAGGAAGAAGUUGUUUAAUGUCGAUCGUAAAACUGACCAGCGGCGCUAUGACUCAGCUCAGUGGCACUCGGACAUCCAGUUCGAGCCAGCCCCAGCAGACUACACCUCACUUCGACUUACCCAACUUCCCAGUACAGGUGGGGAUACUCUGUGGGCCUCGGGGUACGAGAUUUACGACCGGUUCUCUAGGAAAUAUCAACAAUUUUUUGAGGGUCUGACUGCUACAUUCAUUGGGGAUGGCUUCAUCAAGGCUUCCGAGCGCGACCCGGAGAAUGUUAAAAUAUACACAGAGUCAAGGGGAAGCCCCUUUAACACAGGCAAGGAACUGACUGCGGUACACCCCGUCGUUCGGACGAACCCAGUGACCGGCUGGAAGAGUAUCUUUGCUAUUGGUCCCUUCCCAAAGUUUAUCAACGAGCUCACCUUGAGCGAAUCCGAAGAACUCUUGACGAAAUUUAGAACGGUUAUUAUCGAGAAUCAUGACCUUCAGGUGAGAUUCAAAUGGAGAAAUCCUAAUGAUAUCGCAAUCUGGGAUAAUAGAAGUGUGUUUCAUAGCGCUACUUUUGACUAUGAAGGUCUAGGAGAGCGCUUUGGCCACCGAGCAGUUGGAAUUGGCGAGAAACCAUAUCUCGAUCCGGCAAGCAAAUCGAGAAUGGCAGCAUUGGCUGCUAAAGAGGUCUGA